AUGAGCAGUAGAUGGAAUAUAUUCAUCGAAUCGAUUCCAAAUCAUGAUAACUCGGUCAGAAGUUCACCAGUUGAAAGUCAGAAAGUAAUACCCGUAUCCAAUAGAAUCAGGGAUUAUGAUGAUGAAUACCAAUCUUCUACUGUCUAUCCAGUUUCUAGCAGACCAGUUCUUAGGUCUGUUAACGAAUCGCCAUCGUAUAGACAAACUUCGAAUGAAUCGGAUAGUCGUCCGGCAAAUAUAAUACGAUAUGUGUCUAUGUCUAAGAUCCCUUCAACUGAGGACAAAUACUGUCAAACUCUUACAGAUGAACAGCUGGAGAGACAAUAUGCUCUAAGCAAUCAGGCAAAUUCCAACUCAAAUAUUCCAUACAGUAGUAAUUUUGCCAACUCCCGUAACCGUCGUCAAUAUCAAUCAGUUAAUUCAUUUUCUCCAUAUAAAUCUGAAUGGCGUGAACCAAUCCAGUCAUCGAUGAUUGUACCAGUACGGUCAUCUUCAAAACCUUCAGCGAGAAAAGACGACUUCUCCACUAGAAGUGACCAUGAUAGCAGGAUGGGUAGAAACACAGAUCUUUUAGAACCAGAAAUAUGCAUAAAAUCUAAACUUGCACAAGAAAGGUGUUUACGGUUAGCAAAAGCCAAAUAUAUGGCUUCUGUUGAAGCAUGCUUUAAAUUCGAUGAAGGUAGAGACUUGGAACCAUUUUUACGCCUUAAAAGCAUUCGUGAUCUGAAUAUUGAUAAGACGACGUCAUUAUUGCUUAGUGAACACUACUAA